AUGAAAAACAGAUUCCAAACACUCAAAUAUUUAGAAGUGCCUACAUCGGACGUGCAAGGUGUUUUGGGAAAGAAAGCAUCGUUGCCUUGUGAUAUACAGCCAUUACAUUCAGAUGAUGCCGUUGUCAUGGUACUUUGGUUUAAGGAAUCGGAUGGAGAGCCUUUAUACAGCUAUGAUAUCCGAGGUCGUAACCUCAACCAGCCCAAGCUUUGGUCUUCGCCUCUAGUUUUUGGCAACCGAGCAUAUUUUCGAGGAGGAGCUACACCAGCUGUUCUUAUGGUGGACAACGUGAUAGCCGUUGACGCUGGCGUGUAUAGAUGCAGAGUGGACUUCAAAAAUUCACCUACAAGAAAUUUAAAAGUCAAUUUCACUGUUAUAAUUCCACCAAGUCGGCCAACAAUAUACGAUGCGAAAAGAAGAGACCGUACGAAAUUGGUUGAGCCUUAUAAUGAGGGUUCUAAUGUGCUGCUCAUUUGUGAGGUAGAAGGAGGUAUCCCAAGGCCGAGAGUCACAUGGUACUUAGAAAAUGUCGUUAUAGAUGAUUCAUAUGAAGAAAGAAAAGAUAGUCUUACAGUUAACACACUGACUUUCCCCAAUGUUGGAAGACAGCAUUUGAAUGCUAGACUAGUCUGCCAAGCAUCAAAUACAAACUUAGCUCCACCAGAAACAAAAGUUUUAAUAUUAGAUAUAAAUCUAAAACCAAUAACAGUAAACAUAUUGACUAAAGAGAAGCAAGUGUCAGCAGACAAAAGAUACGAAGUUGAGUGCAAAACUACAGGCAGUCGGCCGGAAGCGUCGGUUUCUUGGUGGAAGAACAAUAGACAGCUCAAACGGAUGGCCAAAAACUUCUCGGAAAACAACGAGACACUCAGCGUACUAAGUCUCGUGCCAGCGGUAGAAGACGACGGUAAAUAUUUGACCUGUCGAGCUGAAAACAAGCACAUACCAGACUCGGCCAUAGAAGAUAAGUGGCGCCUCAACGUACAUUAUGUCCCGAUAGUUGAUUUGAAAAUGGGAUCAAAUUUGAACCCGGAUGAAAUAAAGGAAGGAGAUGACGUUUACUUUGAAUGUACCGUCAAAGCUAAUCCGAAAACACACAGACUUGUGUGGUUUCAUGAUAAUACGGAGAUUUUUCACAAUGAAGCGGCAGGCGUCAUACUGAGUGCCCAAAGUCUAGUUUUACAAAGCGUCACACGAGCAGCGGCAGGAGACUACACAUGUAUGGCAGCGAAUAGUGAAGGCAAAGGAACCAGCAACCCUGUAUCUUUAUUAGUGAGAUAUGCUCCAGUAUGCGCGGAAAGACGAGAUAAUGAGCUUUUCGGAGCUCUCAAACACGAAACUGUGUCUCUUCACUGUUCAGUUGACGCUAACCCAGCGCUGGUCUCCUUCCACUGGACUUUCAAUAAUUCUGGGGAACAAACAGAAAUACCCCCUAGACUGUACAGCAGUCACGGACACACGUCCACACUGAAUUACACACCGACUACUGACAUGGAAUAUGGGACGCUAGCGUGCUAUGGAGAGAAUGCGGUCGGUCAGCAGAAGGUGCCUUGCCUCUUUCAAUUGGUUGCAGCAGGUCGUCCAUUCCACCUCCAAAACUGCACAGUGGCGAAUCAAAGCCUAGAUUCUCUAUACGUAGAGUGUGUUGAGAACUUCGAUGGUGGUCUGCCACAGACUUUCCUCAUGGAAUUGCUUGAACUGCCUUCACUUACGGUCCGAUACAACGUUUCAACGAAUCGAACACCUCCAUUCUUCGAAAUCCGUGGCCUCCCACCCGGUGUCAGCUACAGGAUAGACUUAUACGCUGUUAAUGCGAAGGGGAGAAGUGACGUCUCCACUAUAGAGACUGUCACGUUAAAAGGACAAGCUAAGUUUACUGGUGAAAGUAGCUCAUUGGGAAUGUCACCAGUAGUAGCCUCCAUAGCGGCCAUGUCGGCGUUGCUUGCCACAGCGGUAUGUGGGAUCCUUGCUAUACUGUACAAGCGACAUGUGAACAGACAUCGACAUUUGCCUGCAAAACAUGCACCUCUAAGCGAAUCUAUGUAUGCGGAACGAAGUGGUCAAUGCAGUACUCCAGUCAAAGCCGAAGUCCGUACUGCUCCUGACCCAGACCCCACAGACGACGCCGAUCCGGAUAUCAUACCGAAUUUAUAUGCAGAGCGAAGACCAGUAUCAAAUGGGUACAUGAGUCUCCAACGACCGCCGUCCAACAGUAAAAUGCGGGAAGUUAGUGACGACGCCCGCUCAGAACCAGAUGGUGGCGGGUAUUACGCUGACUUCAGGAAAAAGGAUUAUAGAAUACCAUUGACUAGUUCGUAUCAUAGUUUAAACCGCGUGAACAAAGGCGUGAACGCGUGCAGCCCGGGCUCGGGCGUGACGUCGUCACUCACAGCGCACCGCCUCCGACCCGAGGUUGUAACUACUUCCCAUAGAGUGCAAGAGAGUUGUAUA